AUGGAUAAGCAGUUCUACUUUGAACAGAUGUAUUCCAUGUUGAAUGAUGUCCAGACUUAUAAGAACAUCACUGGACAUUUAGUUAAAGCUGUUGUUGAUAAAUUUGUCAGAAGUGAACAGCAUACAGUAAGUUUGUAUUUACAUUUUUUUUGUCUUGCAGGUUGGCAGCCACGUUGGUUUGUUCUAGAUAAUGGAAUACUUUCUUACUAUGACUCCCAAGAUGAUGUUUGCAAAGGCAGCAAAGGAAGUAUAAAAAUGGCAGUGUGUGAAAUUAAAGUUCAUCCAGCAGAUAAUACUAGAAUGGAGCUAAUAAUUCCUGGAGAACAGCAUUUCUAUGUGAAAGCAGUUAAUGCGGCUGAAAGACAGCGAUGGCUUGUUGCUCUUGGCAGUUCCAAAGCCUGUCUAACUGACACUAGAACAAAAAAAGAAAAAGAAAUCAGUGAAACAAAUGAGUCUCUCAAAACCAAGAUGUCUGAACUACGACUAUACUGUGAUUUGUUAAUGCAGCAAGUUCACACAAUACAAGAAUCUGUAAGUCAAGAGGAGGACCACUCUCCGCCAAGUUCUGAGAACAUGAAUGAAGCAUCCUCUCUGCUCAGUGCCACUUGUAACACAUUCAUCACAACACUUGAAGAAUGUAUGAAAAUUGCAAAUGCAAAAUUUAAGCCAGAAAUGCUCCAGUUGUCUCAUCCUGACCCUCUUGUAUGCCCAGUAUCGCCGUCGCCUGUUCAAAUGGUUCGGAUGAAGCGUUCAGUAAGUCAUCCAGGGAGCUACUGUUCAGAAAGAAUUAGUCACUCAGCCAAAGAACCUUCACUCCAGCGUGUUUCACAUAGACGGGCAAGGACAUACUCUGACACAGAAUCUCACAGUGACAGUCCUGUUGAAGAUACAGAAAGACCUGCUUAUAACUUGAGGAACAGUAUCAAUGGAGAAAUUGCUCCACCCACCAUUCCUGAAGAAAGUCAUUCUGUAACAGUGAACAGAUCAGACUCAGGAUGAGCAUGUCUCGUUCUUUCCUCUUGAGGCAGCUUUCAACAAACAACUCAGUACUGCUAUGCAAUUGCUGCUGUUAAUUUAUUAGAAUGGGAACAUGUUUAUUUCCCAAUAGAAGGGUUUCUGCACUUUAUAGAUUGAAGUAAAGCCUAAACUUAAUAGUAAAUGUAUUUUAUCUCAUUUAUACUCUAUUAUUUGCAAAUGUAUUUUCCUAAUCCUUCAUAGUUUGACUAUGUGAAUAUAGUGUUCUGAACAAACAGCAGAUGAAGUGUCAACAUUUCUACAUGUAUUUCCCAUUUAAAGAAGUGAAGGGGCUGAAGUUUAUUAGCUUUCUGAUGUCCGUGAAACUGCCAUGAAGCAGAAUUUUAGUGAUGAUUAAAGAAUGGAUAGUUAGUGCCAAGGACCAAAUAUGUAUUUGUAUAAACUGACUUGAGAGUAUCAUAGCACCUUGAUAAAAGACUAUUCUUUUCUUUUAAAAAGGAAAGACUAUUCUUUGUGUACAUGAUAAUGGUUUCUAUAUGCCUUUUUUAUGGAAAAGCAUUUUUAUUUGCAUUAAUUUGAUUUGAUGUAUGAUAUUGUCCCAGGUAAAAAUCUUAGUUGUACACAUGUAAAAUCCGCAGAUAAUUGGUACAAAAUGUGCCAGGUACAUGUUGAACGAUAAAUUGUGCUUUUAAGUGUCAGCUGCAAAAGUUUACUGAAAUAUGUAAUGGAGAAGUAUGUUGCACCUAUACUGUGCCUGUUAUUUCUUGACAUACCAUUGAAUGUUUGAUCCAGUGGAUUAGAAACAAUUCUGAAUCAACAUAUUUCUAGAUAUUGUCUGUAAAGUAGUUUAAACAAAGGGUUCCAAACAAGUGACAUUUGAUAGUUAUAAAUCAAAUUGUCAGGAAAUGAAUCCAACCUGCUGUCACAAAUCAGUAACUGCAUUAGUAUUUCUCAUAAAGUGUCAUUAUAUUGAGGGCAUGCUACAUGGGUUCAAGAGAUACCAAAAUACUAUGUAUGUAUCAGACAGCCAAAGGUAACCCAAAGGUAACAGUCACCAUAAAGUCUCCCACUGAAGAAUGAGACAUAUUUAGUGUAGUUUGCACAGUAUGGCUUUAGUCAGGCAGACAUUCUGGAUGAUAAUGUACAGCUAAAUAUUUGAUGGAACAACAUUCGGCCAAGCUCAGAGAUGCCAAGACUCCCAAAGUGGACUAAUAAGGCUCCAAAACGGCCUGGGAUCCAGAAAAAUGUGUAUACACUGAUGGUUAAUAUAUUAUUACUUAACAGAUUAGUAUCACAUAUGUAUGGGCAUAUAUAUAUAUAUAUAUAUAUAUAUAUAUAUAUAUAUAUAUAUAUAUAUAUAUAUGUGUGUGUGUGUGUGUGUGUGUGUGUGUGUGUGUGUGUGUGUGUGUGUGUAGACAGUAACAAAACAGAGCAAAUGUUAGAUCUGUUAGGGAGGAUAGCAGCAUUAAGACCUUGGUGUACAAAUCUGCAUUUCUAGUCACAAUCUGUUGUGCAAUUUACAUAGCGUACUCUGUAGUGGGUUGUAGCAUUCAAAUUCUUAUGUGACUUGCUUUUUUAAGUUAAGUGUUGUGCACUUUUUUAUUGAUUUUGAAACAAAAAGCAGGGUUUAUGCUGUCAUUUAUUUAGUGUUUUUAAUGCCAUUUUUAGCUGCCAUUAAUACUGUCCCUGUUAUUGCUCAUUCAUAUUAGACUGUACCUUUUUUGUUCAUAAAAUCAAACUGGAAAAAUGUGAAAUAUGUGAAAACUCUGCUAGCUCUUGAAUCAGCCACUGCUGCUCUGUUGUGAGGAGCAGGGUUUCUUUGGGUUUUGUAAGAAAAGAUGGAAAUAAAAUAUGUUUAAUAAAGUCUACAGCACCACUA